AUGGGUGCCAACGCCUCUUCACAGGCGGGCGCAGUGUCGAAAGAGCUGGACCACUACGAGGUGCUAGGAGUCGAGGUCACUGCGUCGCAGGAGGAGAUCAAGAAGGCCUUCCGCAAAGUCGCUCUGCGAGAACACCCCGACAAGAACCCGAACGACAUCGAAGGGGCAACGAAGCGCUUCGCACGGAUACAAGCCGCCUACGAGUGUUUGUCAGAUCCUCAGGAACGCGCGUGGUAUGAUGACCACCGCGAGGACAUCAGCAAUGGCGGAGCGGCGGGCACAACCGAGGCGGAAGCAUCAUUCUUCGACUCAGUGCGCAAAGGCAUACAGAAACCCCGAGCGCGCGCGACGCCCGGCAGGGGCAUCCAAACGCCACACCUAAUGAAGUUCUUCUCGACGUCCGCCUGGUCCGGCUUCGACGAUUCCCCCACGGGUUUCUUCAACACCUUCGCCACGCUCUUCUCCCUCCUGGCAGCCGACGAGACCUCCUGGUCCUCUCCACACCUCUAUCCCGGCUUCGGCACCUCAUCAACAAACGACGUUGCCGACAUUCGAGCGUUCUAUUCCGCUUGGACAAAUUUCUCGACUGAGAAGGAUUUUGCGUGGAAGGAUGUGUACAAGAUGGAGGAGGAGAUGCCGCGUUGGCAGCGACGGGAGAUUGAGAAGGAGAAUCAGCGCGCGAGGCAGAGUGCGAAGCGGGAAUACAACGAGGCUGUCAGGAACCUCGUCAUGUUCGUCCGCCGCCGCGACCCCCGCUGGACAACCACCACCUCUGCCGCUCGCGCCGCCGCCGAAGCCGAGAUCCGCGCCUCACUCGCCGCCUCCGCGCGCGCUCGCGCAGCCGAACGCGAAGCGAACGCCGCAGCAUACGAAGCGCAGGAUUGGCAGCGGGGCGGGAAGGGCGAGGAGGAGGUUUUGCGGAUGUGGGAGGAGAGGAGUGAGGUUGGGAGCGGUGAGGAGGAGGAGGAAGGGGAGGAGGUGGAUGAGGUUGUGUGGUGUGAAGCUUGCGAGAGGGGGUACAGAAGUGGCGGAGCGUGGGAGAACCAUGAGCGGAGUCGGAAACAUGUCAAGAAUGUCGAGCGCCUCAUCCGCGAGAUGCAACUCGAAGAUGCCGAGCUCGGUCUGAACGGUACCGCGCCUGCCUCGGAACCCGACGAGCCCGCCUCACCCGUCGCCUCUUCCUCACGCUCAGCUUCGCCUUCCCCCCCUCCUCCAGCGACUGCAGCAGACGCCACCGCUCUAGCUGACUCGCUCGCCUCUUUCUCCGUUGCCAUUAAUGACGACGAAGACGACCUGCCCACCUCUUCCACGAAGAAGUCAAAGAAGAAACAGCGCGGGAAGAAGCCCACUCCCCUUGCGCCUGAUUCGCCCUCCGACUCUGAUGACCUCGCAGCGCUUGGGAUCGCACAAGGGCGGAAGAAGCGUAAAGGAAAGGGUAGGCAGGGGUUCCCUCCGACCGGCCUCGAUGCCGAGGAGGAGGAGCUGGAUGCCGAAGUGAGCGGGUUGAAGGAAGAGGUGAAGUUGGACUCGAGCGAUGAGGAGUGGAGGAAGGGCGGAGGGAAGGGGAAGAAGAAGGGUGGGAAGAAGGGCCGGAGCGGAGUGGGGACCGCGAAGAGCGGGACGGCGAGUCCGGCGCCUCCAACGCCUGCUCCUGCGGCGAGCGAAGAGGCGGGCGAGGCCGAGCCAGAGAGGGAGGAGGAGGACGACCGGGCGACGAGCAAGAAGGACAAGCGGCGGGCGAAGGAGACGCUCAAGAAGGGCGGUGGAAAGGGCAUAGCGGACGCCAUCCGCUGCAACGUCUGCAGCGAGUCGUUCGCCUCGCGCUCGAAGCUCUUCCAGCACAUCAACGACACUGGCCACGCACUCGCCGACUCGUCAGCCGGCGCAGGCUCGUCCAGCAAGAAGAAGAAGGGCAAACGAUAG